AUGGCCGGGCACAUCUCUUCCGAUCUUUCUCGCUCUGCGUCUCAAUCCUCUCAAACGCCUCGACCGUCUCAAGGACAGACUGGCGAAUCCAUGUCCCGUCAAUCCUUCGGUCGCUCCUCCCGCUCCAAUCCUAAUGUCUUCUCCGACGAAUACUCUCUCGAACCGCUGGAUCCUGAUCGAAUCGAACGCGCUCCUAGUCCAUCCGGCUCAAUCGCCUCCUCAACAACCCUCCGCUCCAGUAACCACCCCCAGAAGUCGGUCAGCGUCGCCACAACCGAGAACGAGAACCCGUUUGGCGAUGAAGCCCGCGUCUCUUUCGACGAACCUCACCGGUCCAGCCUGCCCCAAAAGGGUGCCAUGGGCAUGCCAAACCAUUCCAACUCAAACUCUGGCGACACCACCCCUACCGGGGUCCAACGCAACCACAGCAUCUCCUCCCGUUUCUCCAUACCGCGCGCACUAAGUCCAUACACCGGAGCCACCGGGCCCAGUCAUCCCUACGCGAUGUACCCUCAGGUUGGCGUUAGCCGGACUGCAAGUAUGACAAGCACCUCGACGAUCCGCCAGAAUGACCGUCCGCUAGGAGAGCCCAUUGGGCCGCAACACCCGUACGCGAUGUACCCACAGAAUGUUGUCGAGGAAGGGAUGGAUGAUUCGUUGAUUCCCGUUGGCUUCCCCGGUCACAAUCAGCAUUACCAGCCGCCUGCCACUCGUCGAGACGAUGAUGUAGGCGAUAUCAUCGGGGCUGAUGGCCACACGGAGCCACUGCCGCCUUAUUCCCGCUACCCAACGGGCGCUAUCCCCAAGCCUCCAGGGACAGAAAACUUGUCAGACUCAACGCUUCAACCAGAGGAACAUCAAUUGGAUACGGUGUCACGAGAGGCCCCGAUUUCGAAUGCUUCGUCAAGGGGUGGUAUUGUUUCUGAGCAAACCCCGAAUGGCGAUGGCGAUGGCGCACAAAGAGCGCCACUCACCGGCAUAAUGGCCUUUGAGGAAAAGCUCAAACGGAAGGGGAAACAGACUGCGUGCUGUGGGCUACCGGUUUGGACUUUGGUCCUAAUUGGAACAGUGAUGGUAAUCGGAGGAUGCAUCGGAGGGGCUAUUGGAGGCGUUAUAGGAACGAAGAGAGCCGCCGAUGCCCAGGCAAGUGCGGCAGCACAAACCAGCGGUCCACGAGUGGUCACUGUCACAACUCCUCCGCAGAUAGAUGCCACCAGUUUAACGGCCACACCGACCAACCUUUUACCACUUCCUACCUCCGGCAGCUACGUCAUUCCUUCAAACCCUCAGAACCACUCGAAACUGUGUGUUGAGGACCAACAACUGAAGGAUGCCUGGGGUUGUAUGCGAGAUGACACUGAUACCGAGAUCUACUUUGGUGGACCUGACGGCCACCAUUCCGUUAUUUUCGGCAACCAACCCCCAAGCAGCACCUUUACCUAUGGGGCUCAGCCGCCCUAUCUACCCCAACCAACUCAGCCUCUAAGAAUGAUGAUCGAUACCCGUGAGAUAAACAUGGGUCCGGCCCUGUUCUUCUCGACCCUGUUCAACAAACUGGUCAUUGUUCCCGAGGACGAGUUCUCAAGCACGCCAAUGAAGCGGGACUUCGGCGGUGGGUACCCGGACUUUAGCAAGAAGUACACCCAAUUUUCGGAAGUUGGGCAGAAGCCAUGGUUCUGUUGGUGGAACAAGACGAUGAUGGAGUUUUUCAUCUAUGUCAACCAAACCACCUUGAAUACCCAAGGCACUGGAACCGCCUCCUACGACAGUGAGAUGCCUGCUGCCACAGCCACCUCGUACCAGGAGUCCAAGCGGGACUUUGGACAUCUUGAGAGCUACCCGCGGAGGAUCAAGAUCGAUGAACGACGAGAUUCUCCAGAUGCUGUUCAACCCUAUUGCCAGCAGAUGGAAGUGAUGUCCAACGGGCAGAUUACUCCUCUGUCUGGGGAAUAUUUCAAUGUUCAUGAGAUUGAGCCCACCCCGACGACCACCUAUAUCAACCCUCAGGGCACCAGCCAGACAUACACAGCUCAGGCACAAUACGGGACGCCUUGCUAUUGUGUUUCUCUGACCGAUUAG